GUUGCUGUCUGUUUCAAAUACUUAAAAAUUAAAAAAGGUUGUUAAUUGUUGCGACCGAGUGUAUAAAACAAAGUUGAUGAUUAUUGAGGAUGACGAGCAACGGCGUAGCUUUUAUCAUCGUCGGGGAUGAAAUUCUACGUGGGCAGUGCCAAGACACGCACACGCAAUAUCUCGCCAGAACUUUGUACGCCGUAGGCAUCAAAAUAAAAAAAGUCGUCGUUGUUCCCGAUGAGAUCGACGCGAUCGCCACAGAAGUAGCCGAGGCAUCCAAGAGCUACCCUCUCGUCUUCACGUCCGGCGGUGUCGGCCCGACCCACGACGACGUCACCUACGAAGGCGUAGCCAAAGCCCUCGGCCUCGCUCUCAAGGAGGACGAGCGGCUUCUUCGGGAACUGAAGGCCCUCUUUCCGGACCGGCCCGAGUCCCAGCUACUCGCCCUCGUGCCCACACCCUGCGAACUCGUCCACGUCACGUCGCCCCAUCUCAAAGACGAGUCGCGCACGUACUCGGUGGUCAGAGCGAGGAACGUGUACGUCCUGCCGGGCUCGCCGUGCUACUUCCGCAGCGCGGUCGACCGGAUCGUGCCCCUCCUGGAGUCCGGCUCGCCGAUCCGUACCGGUUUCCUCGACAUCGAGCUCGACGAGUUUGGCCUGGUGGAGCUGCUGGACCGGCAAGCCGAGCGCUGGCGUGCCAGGGUCAAGAUCGGCAGCUACCCCCAGCCGACGCUCUCCCCCGGGGCACCCCCGAGGACCCUGAUCAGCCUCGAGUCGCACAGCCGCGAGGACAUCGCCAGGGCCAAGGCCGACAUUGUCGCGAUGCUGCCCAAGGACACGAGGGUCGUCGUUAGGUUCGACGAGGAGGUCGCCGAGGCGGUUUACGGGGACCGCAAGCACUCGGAACACCUCCACAGGGCCUUCAGUGUCGUCGAGGAGUGCUACGACAAGUACAGGGCGAACGAGAUAUUCCUGAGUUUCAACGGGGGCAAGGACUGCACGGCCGUUCUCCACUUGGCCGCCACUUUCGCCAAGAUGCGCAAACUCGAUCCCCCGCUCUGUUUGUACGUGACCGGCGACGACUUUCCCGAGGUCGAGGAGUUCGUGAAGGACGCGUCGAGGUACUACGGCUUGGAAGUGGUGUACAAGGAGGGGACGAUCAGGCAGGCGCUGAGCAACUUGUUGAAGGAGAGGCCCGAGCUGAAAGCUUGCUUUUUAGGCACGCGAAAGCACGACCCGGGCUCCGAGGGCCUCGAGCCCUUCAGCCCCACGGACUCGAACUGGCCGGCUGUCAUGCGCGUCAGUCCGAUAAUCGACUGGUCGUACACUCAGGUGUGGCACUUCCUUCUCGAGCACAGGGUGUCCUACUGUUCGCUGUACGACAAGGGCUACUCGAGCCUCGGGGCCAGGAGCACCACCAUGAGGAACCCAUUGCUCCAGGACCCAAAGGAUCCGUCCAAGUAUCUGCCGGCCCACACGCUUGCCGACGAUUCCGCGGAACGGCACGGCAGGUCGUCCUGAAACGCGGCCGACUCGCGACUGACGUUGGGCUACAGGGGCUAUCAUCGCCUCGCCAGGCUCCUGAAAGUGCGCGGGUUAUGAAAAUAGUCCAAUUGAUUCGUUUACGUUGUUUAUAUCAUAGUAGAAGCUGUUGUUGGUACUUUUAGGUAAAACUUAGCUCAGUUGAGAAUUUUAUAAGCUCACGCAUUUCUUUUUAUCCCUUCAUUUGCUUGGCGUAGAAACAUUUUUUGCGGACUCGGCACUUUUGUAUAAUGAAAUGGAGAAUAAUAUA